CUUUCUUCUUUCAGCUCUCGAUUUUUUUCAAAUGGCCGUUGCGGUCAGUAACUGCUACUUCUCCGUCCUCACCUCCACCGUUAAAUUCCGCUCCGCCGUCUCCGCCGCCCAGCCCAGCUUCGCGGCGUCGCUGUGGUCAGGCAGCAGCUGCCACACUAUUAAACCAGUCUGCCAGAGUAACGGAGCUGCUUCGAACUCACGGAAAGGCGAUAAAUCACGGUCGGAGAAAGAAGGUGUUAAAAAGAAGCUUAUCGGAAAUGGUGACGUGUUGAGUGGUGGUGGUGGAGGGAAGAAGGGGCGGUCGCAACAGGCGGCGUAUAAGCCGUUUGGAACGCAGAGGAAAGAGAAGAAAGAGUCUGUAGCUGAUCAAAAGGAGAAGAAGCAGGCUGAAGUGAGAAAUCUUCAGGAUGCUGAUUUUCUCAAUGCAGUCGUCAAGGUGUACUGCACCCAUACUGCUCCUGACUAUUCCCUUCCUUGGCAAAAGCAAAGACAAUUUACAAGUACAGGCAGUGCUUUUAUGAUUGGUGACGGUAAACUCUUAACAAACGCCCAUUGUGUUGAACAUUAUACUCAGGUUAAAGUGAAGAGAAGGGGAGAUGAUACCAAAUAUGUGGCUAAGGUUUUAGCCAAAGGUGUUGAUUGUGAUAUAGCCUUGCUCACGGUAGAAAGUGAGGAAUUCUGGAAAGGAGCAGAGCCGCUCCAUUUUGGAAGCUUGCCACAUCUUCAGGAAGCAGUGACUGUUGUAGGAUAUCCCCUUGGAGGAGAUACCAUUUCAGUAACGAAGGGAGUUGUAUCGCGUAUAGAGGUUACCUCAUAUGCUCAUGGAUCAUCUGAUCUGUUGGGCAUUCAGAUUGAUGCAGCAAUAAAUCCUGGUAAUAGUGGUGGUCCUGCAUUCAAUGACCAAGGAGAGUGCAUUGGUGUGGCAUUUCAGGUCUACAGAUCUGAAGAGGCCGAGAAUAUUGGAUAUGUGAUUCCUACUACAGUUGUCUCUCACUUUUUGAAUGAUUAUGAGAGGAAUGGGAAGUACACAGGUUUCCCUUGCCUUGGUGUUAUGUUGCAAAAGUUGGAGAAUCCUGCAUUACGAGCAUGCUUAAAAGUAGAAUCUGUUGAGGGUGUACUGGUGCGACGAGUAGAACCCACUUGUGAUGCACAUAAUGUACUAAAGGAGGGGGACGUGAUUGUAAGCUUCGAUGACGUGCAUGUAGGGUGUGAAGGAACAGUACCAUUUCGAUCAAAUGAGCGCAUUGCAUUCCGCUACCUUAUAAGCCAAAAAUUUGCAGGUGAUGUUGCAGAGCUUGGUAUUAUUAGAGCCGGAGAAUUCAUGAAAGUCAAAGCAGAGUUGAACCCACGAGUGCAUUUGGUUCCUUAUCAUAUCGAUGGAGGGCAGCCCUCUUACUUAAUAAUUGCUGGUUUGGUGUUUACCCCACUCUCAGAACCAUUAAUAGAUGAGGAGUGUGAUGAUUCUAUAGGGUUGAAACUUUUGGCGAAGGCACGCUACUCUUUGGCUAGAUUCAAAGGGGAACAGAUUGUAAUCUUAUCACAGGUCUUAGCAAAUGAAGUAAAUAUAGGGUAUGAAGAUAUGAGCAAUCAACAGGUUUUGAAGUUAAAUGGAACUCCAAUAAAGAACAUUCAUCAUUUAGCUCACCUUGUAGAUUCAUGCAAGCACAAGUACUUGGUCUUUGAAUUUGAAGACAACUAUAUAACAGUUCUAGAAAGAGAAGGUGCACUAGCUUCUUCAACCAGCAUUCUCAAAGACUACGGGAUUCCAGCUGAAAGAUCUUCGGAUCUGUUGGAGCCAUAUGUUGAUUCAGUUGUGGACGGCCAAGCAGACCAGGAGGAUUUGGGUGACAGUCCGGUUUCAAAUCUGGAAAUUGGCUUUGAUGGACUUAUUUGGGCUUAAUUGUCACCCAGGUAAAAACCAGAUUUUCCUCAAUACAAGCCAUCAGUAGGAAGAUAGUCAAUAAGUUCAAGGCCCCUAUAUUAUCCCCUUCUAUUAUUUCUAUCUAUUGAUUUUUGAGCUUUCUUAGAGCUGAGUGUAACAAUUUUCCCAUCUGUUCUUGAGGUAGCAUAAAUUGUAAUUUUGUAUUCAGCCUGGAGAUCAUUGUUGUAUCAUUACUGUAUGUGACAAAAUAGUCAUAAGCUAUUCAUUCUUUUAUUUUAUACG